CCGAGAUAUCGCUGGUUUCACCGUGAUUGAUGAAACAUGGCGGACGCACCGGCGUUCCUGACCAAAUUCGCUCCCAUCUUGGACGAGCUGCAGGAUCGGGAGGAAGGCAGCAAAAUUGUGGCAGUGGUUACAAUGACCGGCUCCUGCUGUCCCAUCACCGAUGCCCAUUGCAUGGCGUUCGAUUGUGCAAGGGAGUUGUUGCUGGGCACAGAUGAGCGUAGACCUGUGGCUCCUGAGACGUUUGGCGAAGUGCUGGGGCUUUUGUCUCUGAAUGGCGACAAACAUGUUGGUGAAAAGCUUCGGAUGAAGGGCCUACCAGCCAUUUCAUACUGGGACAGGGCUGAACUGACAACUUUGGCCACAUCAGAGCGGCCGUGGAUGGAUUUCAACCCCUUGCGCGAGCCUCAUGCAGUGCAGGCUUUGCAGCACCGCUGGGUGAAUCUGAGAUUCAUCAGGUAUGCCUUGAAUGGCGCCGACGACGUUUGCAAGUUUCAGAAAUGGAGAGGAUGUACAGAACGCCGCCGUUCCAUCACCAUGGGAAGACCUGGCUUUACCAAGCAGGUGAUUGAUGGUGCCAGAAGACAUGGCGUACCCCUGGACACAGGAUAUUUUAUUGUCGGUCCUGAACUUCCAGACAUCUCUUCCACUGCUGUGCGACAGGCACUCCAAGAGGAACACGGAAACCAGCCUGAAUAUGAUCCCACUGUAGAACCCUGUAAGAAACAAGACUCAUCAUCAUGUCCUGUCAUGUUUCAACAGCAGAUAGUAUUGAUAUGUAUUGAUAAUAUAGAUGUAACGCCAUGUGGACACCAUGUGGACAUUAUACCACAUGAAUCCUAUAAAUCCUGGCGUUAAAUCAUGGAAUGGGGCCCAAACGCUGAGGAAAACCUCCAGAGGAAGCUCUGGAACGGCUGACGGGCCUUCUUCAUCCAAGAGUGGCCGCGUGGCUCCUGAGGUCAGAGAUCUACGCGAAGCGCUG